AUGGCGAGCAUGAGGGAGGAGGGUCAGUACGUGACCGGAGGGAUCGAUGGCUCCAUCGUGUUGUGGGACGUGAGAUCAGGAAGGCGCUUGAAGCAGUGCAACUUCCACGAGGGCGGGGUCAGCGCCCUCAACACCUCCGGCACUCAGCUCUUCUCGGGGUCAUGGGACCGUUCGCUGGUGUCGCUGGACCUGAGCACGGGGAAGAAGACUCGCUUCCUCGUCGACACAGGGCUGGUGCUGGUGGACGAGAGAAACCUCCCGUCCCCCUGGAAGCCCUUCUCCUCCGCUGAGUAUAGCAGCGUCGCCCGCGUUGGCUCCCAGCUCCUCUGCGCCAGGCCCAAGAGAGAUGCUCCGUCCAACUGCCCUGGGCUGUACGCGUGGAACGUGGGGCUGGAGGAGGAUCAGACGUUCGUGCAUGACGGCCACACGUCGAACUGCGGGGCUGUGCGCGCUGUGUGCUCGGUCGGAGGCUCCUCCUCCCUCCAGGUGUACGGAGGAUACGCCGACGGGUUUGUGAGGAGGUGGGACAUGUCGUCGACCAGAGUUGAUAAGACCUUCAUUAGCCACUCCUCGUCCAUCACUGCGGGAUCUUGUUCUCAGCUGACGACAAAGGAGAGAUCAAAGUAA